GAGGAUCCUGCCUGUGCGUGGUUAUCAGACUUUCUGCUUCCGAAAGAAGCUUGUUUUGUUUUGUUUUGCUUGGUUUUUCUUUUCAGUUCUGUUUCUCCGAAGUUCUUUCCAGAAUCCUGGUACCAGUCGGUAUCUCUUUGAGGCACUGAGCCAAUUCAUAGACUAAAAUGGGGUCAUUUCAUCAUUUGGUGCUCAUAGGCAAAAUGUGUGAAUUUAAAGGAUUUUACGUGGUCAGAGACUGGCAUUUCCUCAUGCCUCUGCAGGGAAGUGUCUGUUGAAAAGUUCCAAUCUUCACAGAACACCAAGGCUGGCUGGGCGAGGAAUCCUCAAUUCCUUGGGUUCCUGAAAUGUAAGCCAGCGUUGAUUUUCGGUGCAAUCAAGAAUGCCUGCUCUAGAAUUCUUCCAAACUUGUUUGUUUUCCAGACAUGAGCGGUGGAUUGGCCCCAAGCAAAAGCACGGUGUAUGUCUCCAACCUUCCUUUUUCCCUGACAAACAAUGACUUGUACCGGAUAUUUUCCAAGUAUGGAAAAGUUGUGAAGGUCACUAUAAUGAAAGAUAAAGAUACAAGGAAGAGUAAAGGGGUUGCCUUCAUUUUGUUUUUGGAUAAAGACUCUGCACAGAACUGCACGAGGGUGAUAAACAACAAGCAGUUAUUUGGUAGAGUGAUUAAAGCAAGCAUCGCCAUCGACAACGGAAGGGCAGCUGAGUUCAUCCGAAGGCGGAACUACUUUGAUAAGUCCAAGUGCUACGAAUGUGGGGAAAGUGGACACUUAAGUUAUGCAUGUCCAAAAAAUAUGCUUGGAGAACGGGAACCUCCAAAGAAGAAAGAAAAAAAGAAAAAGAAGAAAGUUCCUGAACCAGAACAAGAAAUCGAGGAAGUGGAAGACAGUGAAGACGAAGGGGAGGACCCUGCCCUGGACAGCCUCAGCCAGGCGAUUGCCUUCCAGCAAGCCAAAAUCGAAGAAGAACAGAAAAGGUGGAAGCCCGGUUCAGGAGGCCCCUCGACGGCGGACGACCCGAGGCGCCCUCGGAUAAAGAAGAGCACAUACUUCAGUGACGAAGAAGAGCUGAGUGACUGACAAGACGCUUGUGUAAACACCCUAGAAUAAACAGAGUCUGGGAGCA